AUGCGACUGCGCCCGGGAGGUGAGGAUGGGCCGGGCGAUGUGGUCGGCGCUGCACUCCACCUCGUCCGGAGACAGCCCCAGGAACUCGGGCCGCCCGUAGGGGAAGCGCAGGGGCAGGUCCGAGCCGCUGCCGCCGCCGCCGCCGCCUCCACCGCCGCCGCCGCCGCCGCCGCCGCCGUGCUCGGGGCCGGCGCUGCCAGCCAUGAUGCCGCCCAUGAAAUUGGCCACGGCCGACUUCACGCGGGUGAGCAUGUUCCCCCGGCGCCCGGCGGCGGCGGCGGCAGCAGCUGCAGCAGCUGCAGGAGCAGCAGCAGCGGCGGCAGCAGCAGCAGCGGCGGCGGGAGCGAGCAGGGGGCGGCGGGGGCGGCGGCCGAGCGCGGCGCAGCGCGGGGCAUGCGGGCGGGGGCCGCGCGCCUCCCGGAGCCUCUAAUCGCGCGCCGGGGGGCCGAGCCCCGGCCUCCCGCGCGGCCCGCCGCCGCCGCCCCCCGCUCCGCCUCCGCCCCCGAGCCGCAUGCAGCGGCCCGGCCCGGCCCGGGGGACGCGCCGCCGCCGCCGCCGCUCGCUGGCCCGCCCGCGGCGAUCGCCCCCGGCGGGAGCAGAGCGGAGCCCACCCGGAGAGCCCGCGGAGCCGGCGCGGCUGCUGCCACGGCUACCGCCGCCGUCGAGUCAUGUGAUGCCCGGGCCGCCGGGGCUCGGCUCGGCCCCUCCCCUCCCCUCCCCUGCCGGCCGGUGCCUGCCGGCCCGGGGUGCGCGCUCGGACCUUGACCUCGGGCGGGAGGGGGAGCGCACGCGCGCGCGCGCGCCGCUGGAAACGACAGCCGGCAGUGGUUGCACGAGGAUCCGACCAAGUUUUCUCUUAAGUAUUUCAGGGAUCACUCUCUCUCUCUCUCUCUCUCUCUCUCUCUCUCUCUCUCUCUCUCUCUCUCUCUCUCCUUUUUUUUUUCUCUAGACCGCGGCCAGGCAACGUUAUCAGCUCGGAAAAUCUUCUUUCAAGCCCAGGAGAAGCUGGAUGGUGAAGAAACCCGAGAUCAAAAACAAGAAUUGUUGGACCUAGGACUUAAAAGCAAAAGUGCUUUUGUUUUGUUUGGUUUUGUUUGGUUUUGUGUGUGUGUGUGUUUCCCCCAAAGCUGACCCUCUUGGCUAUUUAAGACUUUUCAUGCAGCAUGUUCACUUUCUUCAUUCGAAAGCUUGUGACAGAAUUAUCUGAGGGCACAUGAAGCUAAGGAAAUUUAAAUUGAUCUUCGCGAUCCACCUGCUCACGGGAAAGAUAAUGAUAUACAAAAAGUUUCGGUGGCCGUGGGUUCAAACAAAAAUGACUGGGGAGAAGAAAAAAUUAUGAUUGGUUUCAUGGGAGGUGAUACUUGUUAAAGCUUAGGUUUAGGGAAAAAGAUCUUGCAGGAGAGCGGUAUCCUGUUCGUGUUUACUUAAUCCGCAUCCUGUUCCUAUGUUCGCCUUCCAUUUAAUUUGCUGCUUGGGAAGUUAUGCGCUGGGCAGGCUCAUUUGGAAUUCAAGAGGGAAUAAGGCCCUCAUUCUUCUCAGUGGGUGAGGAGAGGAAACUAAUUCUGUAGCAGGCACUGGAGUCCUUGCUGUUCCGGGGAGUUCUGGGGAAAUAGUCAGGGAUCCCUGGUCUUUCACGGGUGGGAUGGGGUGGGCGCAACCGGUGGUGCUCAGGUCUUACUCUCCGAGGGCUCCGGGGACCAUGUGUGACACCCGGAAUCCAACCUGGGUCGACUGCAUGCAAGGCAAGCACCCUAGGCGCUGAACUGGUCCCUAACUACCUUUGUCUGAUACUCAUGGGCUGCACCAGGAGGUGCUCAGAGCUUACUCCUGCCUUUGCCCUCGGGGAUCACUGCCUGGUGGAGUUCAGGGAACAAUAUGGGGUGCUGGGGAAUGAACCUAAAUCGAUCCAAGGAAAGAGCCCUAUUCAAUAUACUAUUGCUCUGAUCCUGCCUCGCUACUGUUUUUUAAAAGGCAUCCCUCACUCCCCACCCUCCAUUUACACGGAUAGGUACUCCAUGCUUACUAUAUGUUUUAUGUAACACUGUAGCACUGUCAUUCAGUUGUUCAUCGGUUUGCUCCAGGAGGCACCAGUAACGUCUCCAUUGUGAGGCUUAUUCAACCUUUCCAUGAAAUACUACUACAUAAAAAACAACAAACAAUAGUCAAUCUUUCAAUGAAAUGCUAUUCCUGACAAUGAACUUUUAUUGCUUUUCGCAGAACAGAAAUGGUAAUUUUAUUUUGCCUCCCCCAUUAAAAAAUUGUAGCAUUCUAAAUUGUGCAACAUCUAAAUAAAUAGGAUUAAACAAAUCAAGAUAUUCUCAACGUUGCUUUGUUAAACUCUGAACUUCUAAAGGCGAAAUCUCUAUGUAAUGAUUAAACAGUACCCCCUCCAUGUACUCUGACAUGGAGUACCACCCAGUCUCAUGUCUCAUAUAAACAGACUUCCAUUCCUUUCUCAGCCUUUUGCUUUAGAACAAUUAGCUUUCUUUUCUUUUUUUGGAAGGGGGCAAGGGAGCGUGCAGGGGUUCAAACCUAUGCAAGCAAGUUAUUUGCUUCACUGUUGAACCUCAUUCCAGCCUAGGACAAUUAGCUUUGAACAAUACCCUUGUUAACAAUACUUAAGUAACCUUGAUUGAGAUCAAUUUACCACAUUCUUUCCUUUAUUUCAUGUAAGGCAAGGUUUUAGUAUUUACUAGAAAUAGGAUUUUUAAAUACUUCCUGCUUUGUUCUCAAAAUAUUACCUGAAUGUGGUCAAUAUAUACAUGCAGAACAAACUAACUGGAACAAAAAGAUUCUAAAUCAUUUCCCUGGUUGCUACUGUUGAUUUUUUUUUCCUCUUGGCUCCUAAAAUUCUUCUCAAAUAAGAUAAUUAGCAUAACAUGG